AUGGAGCCCCCGCGCGCGCCCGCUCUGCGCCGCCUGCUGCCGCCGCUGCUGCUCCUGCUGCUGCCGCUGCCCCCCCGCGCCCGGGCCAAGUACGUGCGGGGCAACCUCAGCUCCAAAGAGGACUGGGUGUUCCUGACGAGGUUUUGCUUUCUUUCGGAUUACGGCCGACUGGACUUCCGUUUCCGAUACCCUGAGGCCAAGUGCUGUCAGAACAUCCUCCUCUAUUUCGACGACCCAUCCCAGUGGCCGGCUGUGUACAAGGCAGGGGACAAGGACUGCCUGGCCAAGGAGUCAGUGAUCAGGCCCGAGAACAACCAAGUCAUCAACCUUACCACCCAGUACGCCUGGUCAGGCUGUCAGGUAGUGUCAGAGGAGGGAACUCGUUACCUGAGCUGCUCCAGUGGCCGGAGCUUCCGCUCAGUGCGAGAGAGGUGGUGGUACAUCGCACUCAGCAAGUGUGGGGGAGAUGGGCUACAGCUGGAGUACGAGAUGGUCCUCACCAAUGGCAAGUCCUUCUGGACUCGGCAUUUCUCGGCUGAUGAGUUUGGGAUCCUGGAGACGGAUGUGACUUUCCUUCUCAUCUUCAUCCUCAUCUUCUUCCUCUCCUGUUACUUUGGAUAUUUGCUGAAAGGUCGACAGUUACUCCACACAACUUAUAAAAUGUUCAUGGCUGCAGCAGGAGUGGAGGUCCUGAGCCUCCUGUUUUUCUGCAUCUACUGGGGCCAGUAUGCUACUGAUGGCAUUGGCAACGAGAGUCUGAAGAUCUUGGCCAAGCUGCUCUUCUCCUCCAGCUUCCUCAUCUUUCUGCUGAUGCUCAUCCUUCUGGGGAAGGGAUUCACGGUGACACGGGGCCGCAUCAGCCACUCGGGCUCUGUGAAGUUGUCGGUCUACAUGACCCUGUACACCCUUACCCACGUGGUGCUGCUCAUCUAUGAGGCCAAGUUCUUUGACCCGGGCCAGGUACUGUACACGUAUGAGUCGCCGGCGGGCUAUGGGCUCAUUGGGCUGCAGGUGGCGGCUUACGUGUGGUUCUGCUACGCCGUGCUCAUCUCCUUGCGCCACUUCCCGGAGAAGCAGCCUUUUUACGUGCCCUUCUUUGCUGCCUACACCCUCUGGUUCUUUGCGGUUCCUGUCAUGGCCCUGAUCGCCAACUUUGGGAUCCCUAAGUGGGCCCGGGAGAAGAUUGUCAAUGGCAUCCAGCUGGGGAUCCAUUUGUAUGCUCAUGGCGUAUUCCUGAUCAUGACGCGCCCGUCGGCGGCCAACAAGAACUUCCCGUACCACGUGCGCACGUCGCAGAUCGCCUCAGCCGGGGCCCCGGGCCCCGGAGGGAGCCAAUCCACGGACAAGGCCUUCCCGCAGCACGUCUAUGGGAACGUGACGUUCAUCAGCGACUCGGUGCCCAACUUCACGGAGCUCUUCUCCAUCCCCCCGCCCGCCUCCUCCGCCGGGAAGCAGGUGGAGGAGACGGCGGUGGCGGCGGCGGUGGCCCCGAGGGGCCGCGUGGUGACCAUGGCCGAGCCGGGCGCGGCCUCCCCGCCCCUUCCCGCUCGGUUCCCCAAGGCGGCCGACCCGAGCUGGGAUGGCCCGACGCCGCCCUACCAGCCGCUCGUGCCCCAGACGGCGGCGCCGCACACCGGCUUCACCGAAUACUUCAGCAUGCACACGGCCGGGGGCACCGCACCCCCGGUCUGAGCACCCUAGCCCACCCCGCCCCAUGGGCCGCGCGCCGGGCCCCGGCCGGGCUCCGGAUCCCCGCUCUAUCCCGGCCCCAGGGCUCUGCCAUCCCAGGCCUUCCCGACCCUCCCCACCCCGCGCGCCCAGCCCCUGCCCCGAGCGGCGCCGGAUUCUGGGCUCCCGCUGUUCCGAGACCUACGGCCCCCUGGCCCCCUCCGAGACCUCUGAUCCCGCCGGACCCCGGAACACCAGUGACGAUCGCCGGGACCCUGCCCGUGACUCUCCAGGACUCCGCGACCCCGAGCCAUUGCUCCUGGGACGGAAAUUGUGAAUCUGGUCUCGACUCAAACCUUCCCUUGGAUCUCUGUGACCUCGGACCCGAGCUCUGCCCACCCCAUCUCCAUCCGGGGGCCCCCCCUCAGGUCCCCGGCAGAAAGACUUUCUCCCUUCUUGCCAAAAUAAAGCGGAUUCGUUGAGUUUUUAUCUAUAAAA